AUGGAUUUGAUAAAUAAAGAUUCAAAAAUUAACGAAGAUCUUGAUAAUAUUCAGCAAAUAAACUGUGAAAUACUAUCUCUUGAAAGGCCUGAUUUUCAUAUCUCAAAUUGUUCGCUAGACCCUUCUCGAUCUACAGAAUCUGUCAAUUCUUUGCAACCUCUAACACAAACUCAGUCUGAUCCUUUAACAUAUGCUUCUGUCUCUCCGCGUGAACCGGUUGCUUCACGUGUAUCUACUCCAUCUCGGGUGGCUAAGUCGCAAAUAAGCAUUCCAUUUCAGCAGGAAACUUUAUCACCCUUUGAAAAUGAUGACACUUCAAGCCGUGGAAUGACAUUCAGCGAUAGCGAGGAUAUAUCUGAUACAAAAGAUGGACGUGUCGAGAAGAUCAUCAUGGCAGUAAAUCUUAGAAAUCGUAAAUUAGGAUGCGCAUAUUAUAAUUUCACUACUUCUAAGUUAUAUCUCAUGGAGGAUGUGGCUGAAUCACCGCCAUAUGAUAUGGUGAAUUUAUUGCGUUUUCAGGUUUCACCUUCUAUAAUUCUUGUCAGUUCUCGUGCGGAUGAUGCAUUUAUCCAAGCAUUACAGGCGGAAGAUGGUUCGAUUCCUAUUCCAUCUACUGUAGAGAUACGUCCAGGCUCAGAAUUCAUUUAUGCGUCUGCAAAAACAAAGCUAUUUUCCAUUCGUUUGGGUGAUCAAAAACACGUGUCCUCACAUGCAGAUACUAACAAACAAGAGAUAUAUUUACAUUUAUCUAGUAUUGUGAAUGUGGAGAGCAUCGAAACAGUAUGCUGUGCUGGGGCCUUAAUUAGCUAUAUUUCAAGGGCUAAAAUAACCGGUAUCCUAUCUGAAGAUCAACAAGUGGGCAAACAAAUUUCUACAUAUCAAUGCAGAUACGUUAAGUCACAUCCAAAUAUGCAUAUGCAAGCAAAAGCCAAAGAGGGAUUGUCACUUUUCGGUAUUCUUAACAAUACGCGUACGGUCCUUGGUAAAUAUUUGCUUAAGCAAUGGUUUCUCCGACCUACCCUUGACCUUACUAUUCUUGAUGAACGACAUCGUACAAUUGAAUGUUUUCUUCAACCUGAUAAUUUGGAUAUUUCUGGGCAGUUUACUACAUGCCUAAGACAUAUAAAAAAUAUUCCAAAGAUUAUUGAAAAUAUGAAUGGAAGACUGAAUAUAAAAGAUUGGCAAUCAUUGCUUCAGAUAAGAGAAACAUUCAUAAUAUCCGAUUUAAAGGAUAUCGGUUCUUAUAUUAAUGAUGUGAUUGAUUUUGACGAAAGCGUCAAAGAAAGUCGAAUUGUUGUUAAACCGCAUGUUGACGAGGAACUUGAUCAUAUGAAAAGAACAUAUGACGGUUUGGACGACUUUUUGUUCGAAGUUGCACGUGAAAUUAGCACAUCAAUUCCUACAGAAUUCGCUUCUACUUUGAACGUAAUUUAUUUUCCUCAAUUGGGAUACCUUGUCACUGUCCCGUUAAAACCAGAAUGGAGAGAUGAAGAGGAUUUUAAAAUUGACGGAUUGUAUUAUCAAUUCAGUACUGCUACUACCGUUUAUUACAAAAAUGAUAGAAUGAGGGAACUUGACGAAUAUCUAGGCGAUAUACACGGUCUAAUUGUUGAUCGUGAAAUUGAAAUAAUGCAAAAACUCCAAGAUCGUGUACUAGAAUAUGUUCCAUUAUUUCUAAGCUCUAGUGCUGUUUGCGCUGAACUUGAUUGCCUUUUGUCUUUUGCGGAGUCAGCAAGGCGUUAUGGGUAUAAUCGACCUAUUGUAACCGAUGAAAACAUUUUAAUAAUUGAAAAAGGAAGACAUCCAUUACAAGAGCUUUGCGUUAAUGUUUUUGUCGCUAAUGAUACAAAACUUGUCGGUGGCAGAGGUGUAUUGGACGAAGACGACAAAAUGUAUGAAGAUAGCCUUACUAGUGAAAAUGACACAUAUAACAGUGUCAUGUUAUUAAGCGGCGCUAAUUAUUCAGGCAAAAGUGUAUAUUUGAAGCAAGUCGCGUUGAUUACCUAUAUGACACAUAUUGGAAGCUUUGUACCCGCAGAAUCGGCCACUAUUGGCUUAACUGAUAAGAUUUUCACUCGUAUACAAACUAAAGAAACAAUUCAAAGUGCAUUCAUGAUUGACCUUCAGCAAAUAUCGAUUGCACUUCGUAAUUCGACAUCAAGAUCUUUAUUGAUCUUUGACGAAUUCGGAAAAGGAACUGGCUCUACAGGCAGAGAUUGUCCAAAAGUCAUUGCAGCAACACACUUUCAUGAAAUUUUUGAGAAUAACCUCCUGUCCCAAUCUCUCCCGAUUUCAUUGACUACUAUGGAAAUUAUGAACGAUGACGAGGACGAGGAAUUGACUUUUUUAUACCGUCUGAUACCCGGUCGAAGUACUUCGUCUUGGGGUACAUUUUGUGCUACACUGGCUGGUGUUUCACCUCAUAUUGUUAAAAGAGCAAUUCAUUUAUCUCAUCUUUUUUCCCGAUAUGAAUCUAUUCCACCACCUUUCGUCGACGAUCGUGAACGUCGUUUGUACGCUACAUGUGAACAAGUUGCAAGGAAAUUCUUGGAAUUGGACCUGGAGAAAACGGAUACUGACGUAAAUUGUUUUCUGGAAUGG